AUGAGACGCCAGGAGAGACUGGAGCCAGAGGAGAAGGCACAUCGGCAAGAGAGGUGGUCGUUUGAGCAGAGGAGGCCAGGAGACAUCCCGGGAGAUCUGAGGUCGGGCGGCCUGCGAGCGGAAGCAACGCUGGAGGAGCAGCCGGGGCCAGCUGACAAAACUCCGCCAAGAGUCAAGGUGGAGGAGCAAGGCACCAGCAGACCCACCAGCAACCGCAGCACAAACAGCACCGAAGGCGUCAGCAGAGAUGGGGGCUCAGCCAUCAGGAGGGGCAGCGUCUACAGCAGCAGCAGCAGAAGCACCAGCACAUGUGGCAACGACAGCAUCGUGACCGUGGGGUGGCCCAGUUGCGCUAUCCCUGCACCUGGAGGGGAUGCGGAGGGGCUUGUCUCUCCACUCCGGUGUCGAGACUGGAGAAGGGCCAUAGCGAGGAUCAGCAGCAGUGCUUCCAUCAUGCAGGAUGUCUUCAGGAGCACAGUAGUACACAGCAGAGUCAGAGAGUUGGAGAUCCUGGAUGGUCAGAGGAACAGCCGUUGUGCUGGUGUCAAGAGUCGCAUCAAAUCUCCCCCUAAAUUCUUUCUCUGUAUCUCCUCCACCAGUGCCAGGUCGCUGCCAAUGCAACUGAACUGGCAGGCGCGGGCUCCUGUCUUUCGACACGGCACAGCACCACUCGGCAUUUUCAACAGGAGAGUGGAGGAGGAUUUCAAGGCCUUUGGCCAGGACAAAGUAUUUGGACGGGUCCUCGAGGAUCUACAGUCAUUGGAAGAGCAAGGCUUCCCUCUGGAUGAUGGUAUGGACGAGGACUGCAUCGCAGAAAUCCGUGCAGUUCUGCCGGAGUUAAAUGACGAUGGCUUGGAGGCGCUGGUUGGGCACCUGGCGUUUGUGGUGGGAGUUAAGGAGAAGAACCAUCUAGCUUUUGUAGAAUAUGAGGACCUCCAGUAUCAUCUAACCAAAAUCCAAAGUCGGCAAAUGAUUGCUGCUUUUAAACCUAAAGAGCCAAUCAUUGCCACAAGUGACUCAGCACAGCCCAGCACAGCCCCAUCACCACCACCUGCAACAGCUCCAUUACCAUCACCAGCUCCAUCACCAUCACUGGCAAUAUCAAUGGCAGAGGACCCCAUACCCAACGCCUCCGUUGAAACACAAAGUUCAUGGAUUCAGGGCUUCAGUAUUCCAUGGGACAAGAUGCCUGCUACACUUCUAAGAAGUAUUUCUAAACAGGAGAGGGCAAAUCCACCGGAUAGAAGAGCCAUGGUGAGGAUUGUGGUGGACAGCAUGCGCAGACAUUGUCCCAACCCGAAUAGAGCUGCCUGUACUGCUGUUGCCAGAAUGAUCGUCUCCAGCCAUCCCUUGACGUUUACUGACCGAACAGUUGAUGGAGUGCAGAUCGGCAUUGGCUACUACUCUCUCAUUAAUCAGCUAAAGACACGGGUAGAACAUCUUAACCGUAAUAGCACCACUGAUCGUAUCCGGAAGCCAAGAACGACACAAGAUGGCCAUGUUACCAAACCUGUACGCAGCAAAACCGACAGUUAUGGUUGCGUGAACUGGCAACCGAAGUCCAUCCCAGAAGGAGAAACGAUCGACACUUUGGAGGAAAAAAGAAAAAAUUUGAAAGCCAUCUUCGAGUCUGUUGGCCCCAGAGCAGCAGAGUGGCCUGCAACUGAGAAGUGCAUGGAUGUGACCUACGCUUAUCAAAGACACAUGAUAAAUGUGUGCCCACCACCAAGUAUUUCUGACUUGAAAGAUCAGUGGCCUGUCCUUUUUACACCACGUGGACUGUUUUCACACUUCAAAACACUAACAGGAAUUGAGAUAGAGGAUCGUCUUGCAGAGGCAUUGCAAAACAAAGGAAAACGGAUCAUCACCUUCUUCCAACAACAGUCAUUCAGUCAACCAAACAUUCGAGCCCUAUUGAAGGAGAUCGACAAUGCUUUCUCAACCUCUGCUGUGCAGAAACAAACUGGAAUUGCCGCUGUCCUGCUGAUGAUGAAGCACUUCUUGGAAAGUGAAGAGUCCAUCUUCAUGUUGGCAGAUGCUUGUGCAACACCGACAUCCGUCGAGAGAGACAUGGACAUCCCCAUCACUCCGAGGCUGAUCAUGCUGGCUGGAGAAUCACCAACCCAGACUAACAUUGUAACAACACAGUUGGUGAGACACCCACAUUGUAAACUUGAUGUGACUUGA